UAGGCUUGGUUUAUUGGGUGUGCCUGAACAAUUUUUUAAUUGGGUAAGAAUCGAUACACUUGUGGAUGCUUUACGGUGCCGCCGCCAUGGCUGAACAAGAAGAAAAGAUGGAGAUCUCUUAUGAUCCUCUAGUUCUUGAGCUAUCUGUGCCCUUUCAAAGUCAGUUUGAGGCGGAGGUAGCACACAAUACACUCGUUGUGGACCCGGAACCACCGAGGUCAGAGGUCAUCAAGUCAUUUAGAGUGGAUGGCGCUAUUCUUCAUAUCACCCUCCAGGCCCGUGAGGCUAGAAUGCUGAGAGUGGCUACUGGUGCUUUCUUUGACCUCCUCAUUCUGGUCACUAACACUAUUGAACAGUUUGGACCUCAAACAACACCUCAGAUUUAAUUAUAUAGCUGACAUUUCUGUUUUAUAGUGAAUGUGUGUUCACACUAGA